AUGCCACCAAUUGACUACUCGAAAUGGGACAAUAUUGACACGGACUCCGACUCGGAUCAAGAAUUGCCCCCUCAGCCGCCUCAUCCAGCAACACAGUCAAGGCCGUGCUCGUGCGAUGCGCCGGAGAUCGUGGUGGACCCCCCAUGGGAAGCGACAACCAUUCCCACAGACCACGCCGUCUUCAACAACACUGUCCCGCCCGUCGCGACCUUGCUCGAUUUCCCCAUCGUCAUCCACCGAUUGGGGACGCGUUAUAACGGGGAGUUUGGCAACCUUGAUAAUCAGAUCAUCACUUACCUCAAUGUCGAGGCGAAAUCGGGACUUGCACCACCCCGGUGGCAGUCAGGCAUCGGUAGCGUGAUUGUGGCACGUAAAGAUCGGAAGGACCUCUCGCCGGAACACUACGAGGCAAUCUGGAUGUACCACGACCACCUUCUGGAUUACUUCGGUGAAGGGCCAGCGCCGGAGCAUCUGUACAACCGGAAAGCGUUUGAUCGGUGGUUCGUGGGGUAUGCGAAAGACACCGCUGGUUUCGGACGCAAAGAGUGGAAUUCUGUGGCGCCGCUCUACUAG